AUGGGACUGCCACACGAGGACCCCCAACAACAUAUUCUGAAUUUUUUGGAGAUUAGUGAUACCUAUAUCACUAGCGAGGUUACAUAUGAUUAUGUUAGGCUCACAUUGUUCCCUUUUUCUCUGUUGGGAAAGGCCAAGAGAUGGUUGAAGUCUGAGCCAGCUUAUUCUAUUGCAUCGUGGAAUGAUUUGGCUCGCAAAUUCAUAGCUAGGUUCUUUCCUUCUAGUAAAGUCGCAAAGAUAAGAAGUGAAAUAGUUGCAUUCAAACAGAGAGAAGGUGAAUCACUUUAUGUGGCCUGGGAGCGAUUUAAGGGGCUACUAAGAGACUAUCCACAGCAUAACCAAACCAACGAGGUACUGGCUCACACUUUUAUUGAAGGUCUUAACCCUGAAACAAAAAUAGUGGUUGACGCAGCAGCUGGUGGUCUAGUACUGGAAAAGAGCUCUAAUGAAAUCUACGCGUUGUUAAAGAAGUUUUCCAAAAGCAACUCAGAUUGGCAAGGGGAAGCUGGUAGACACACAAACCAGAAAGCUACCAGGGUACUUGAAUUGGAUGUUGUAUCAGCAUUAUCUGCGCAUGUAGCAUCUUUAGUGAAUCAAAUCAACAAGAUGAAUGCGGUUCAAAACCAACAACAGUUCCAACUAAUGCAACUGGUUCAACCAGUACAACAAGUGCAGGUGUUCUACGAAGUCUGUGGCGAGGGCCAUACCAAUGAUGUUUGUCCAGUGAAUCCAGAAUCUGUUUACUAUGUGGGGAAUGCAAAUAGAGGACAAAUAAAUCAAAAUCAAUUUGGCAAUACUUAUAAUCAUAAUUGGAUUAACCACCCAAAUUUCUCAUGGGGUGGAAAUCAAGGAGCUCGGAAUUAG